CGGCGGGCCUCGCGGUCUGCCUGUUGGGCGCUCAAAACUGUACGCAGAAGCCUUAUUACACAGAAACGGCUGUCGUCAGCUGCUGCAGCGCUCUCGUGCUUCCCACGUAUCCGCCGGCGCUGUGCGAAACUGCCUUGUGCAGUGCCAGCCCCAGACGCCCCUGCCGCGCGCGUGUGCACUGCCAUUGGCGCGGAUCGCCGCGCAAGCAGCGUAGGCCCAAAAGCUACCAGCGGCGCAUCGCCAACCCCAGGCAAAGCAAGCAACCAUGCCCUCCCGCUCGAGCUCGAGCAGCGUCUCGUCCAUGUCCGACGACGAGGCCCGCAGACGCAAGAAGAAGGCGCUCAAGAAGGCCAUGAAGAAGGAGAAGAAGCGCAAGGCCGCCGCGUGGAAAUCGACCAGUGACUUGCGAAGAGACGCCUGAACUUUGAUUUCCACGCAGGCCAGAAAAAAGAGAAGAAGAAGAAAAAGAAGCGCCGCCACUCGUCGUCGUCGUCGCGGAGCCGCUCCCGCUCGCCGAAGCGGGCGAGACAGGACUCCGCCAGCGGUGCCGCGUUAGACGAUUUGCUGGGCGAGGCGGGCGUAACCACCGCGCCGCCGCCCCGACCUCCGUCUCCGUCCCGCUCUCGGUCCCGCUCGCGGUCCCGGUCGCGGUCGCCGCCCCGCCGGCCCGCCGUCUACGACGAGGAGGAGGCCGUCUACAUGCCACCUCCAUCCAGAGAUUACGAGCGCGGCCGCGACGAGCCCUACAAGCGCCUGCCCGACGAGGCCGGCGGCGACAACUUCCCCUCGGACGCUGCGCGCGAGACGGCUGAAGCAUUAGUGGCUGAAAGAGCGGCGUGCCGCGUAUCUCGCGAUUAUCAGCGGGCCGACCAGAUCCGGGACGAGCUGCGGCGGGCCCCGCACUUCGUCUACAUCAGCGACAAGGACCGCACGUGGCGGCGCUGCUCCGGCGCGCCACCGCCGGGCGACAGGGAACGGCCGCCGCGGCGGGACGAGCCCUACCGUCGUCUGCCUGACGAGGAGGGCGCGACCGACUUAGACGACGCGGCGCGGGACGCCGUCGAGCGGCUCGUCGCCGAGCGCUCGCAGUGCAAGGCCUCGCGCGACUUCCGCCGCGCCGACGAGAUCCGCGACGAGCUGCGCGACAAGCACCUGGUCUACGUCUCGGACAAGGACCGGACGUGGCGGCGGACAACGGGCCGCCGCCGCGAGCGCCGCUUCGAGGCAUACGCGCGGCUGCCCGACGAGGAGGGAGCGACGGAUUUCCCCGACGACGCGGCGCGCAACGCGACGGAACAGCUCAUCAGCGAGCGCGCCGCCGCCCGCGCGUCCCGCGACUACAAGCGCGCCGACGAACUGAGAGAUCUACUCAAGAGACCGCCCCACUCGGUGCACAUCGUCGACAAGGACCGGACCUACAAGCGCAUCGCGCCGGUCCGCGGCCGCGGCCAGGCCAAGGCGCGUCGCGAGCGCGGGCGCUCCCGCUCGAGGUCUCGGUCCAGGUCUCGCUCGCGGGACAAGAAGCGCCGGUCGCCGUCGCCCGACCCGGCCCUGGCCGCGCGGCGCGCGCGGAACGCCGAGCGCUUCUCCGGCGGCGGCGCGGCAAAGACCGACGGCGUCGUCACGCUCGGGGUGACGUCGUCGAACGUCGACUUCGAGGAGAGCUCCGUCGGCGGGCACACGGCGCCCGUCGUGCCGCAGGGGCCCUCGGCGGCCGAAUUGAGGGCCGAGCGGCUGCGCCUCGCGCGGGAGCGCCAGGAGGCCCUGCGCAAGCAGAUGGAGGCCGAGCUGCCGCCGGCGUCGGCCGCGCCGCCGCGGCCCGCGCCCGCGCCGGCCCCUCAGGCGGCGCCGCGCUUCGUGAGCCUGAAACCGAAGCCGCGGCCCAAGCCCGAGAAGAUUCCCGAGGCGCCCGGGCCGCACGACCACGCCGCCGCGCACGACCAUACGACGUGCACCGAGGACCACGAUCACUCGGAGCACGGCCACGACUGCACCGCGGACCACGGCCACGGCGAGGCGCACGGCCACAAGGAGGACCGCGACCACGGCCACGGCUCGAGCCACGACCACGCCGAGGCCAAGUCGUCUGACGCUCUCGCGGCGGCGGCCAAGGCAGCCGGCAAAAAGGCGACUGCGGCGGCGGCAGCGAAGAAGCCUGCGGCCGCCGAGCCGGCGCCGGCGCCCGCCCCGGAGCCGGAGCCGGCGGCAGCUCCGAAGUGGACCACCGCGGAAGUGAACAAAAUGACUGUUCCCAAGCUGAAAGCCGCGCUGACGGAACUCGGCCUCGACACGUCGGGUCUGAAAGCCGUGCUGAAGGAGCGGCUCAUGGGGAGCGGGGCGGUAGCGAACUAAUCUUCUAAAAC